GUGAGGUCGGGCAGUCAGCGGGUUAACGAAGACACUUAAAAAAAAAAAAAAAAAAAUGUUUAUUAAACAGUGCAACUGGUUCGACCAUAAACAAUGCAGACGUCAUAACUGCACUGUCCUAUGGGGUGAUGAUUCUGCUGAUAUAAGUUGAGGUGACCCAGGUUUUGCACUAAACAUACAGUGGAAACACUUUAGUAUCAGUGAGUGAAAUUGGAUCGUUUGAUGAAGCAGUCCAAUUCGUGAAGAAGAGAAGCCCCACCAACUGAAUACUGGUUACUACUGACUAUUCCAGUACCAGCUGGAUGACUUUCAAGGGUGACUACGCCAGAACAAUGCGGCUGAAAAGACGUAACUGCCUUACACAGAUAACCAAACUCAUCUUUUUGCUCUCACUGGUGGCUCUCCUGAUCUUUCUGAUUGACCACAUAUCGCCAGAUAAUGGAGGGGCGGUAGAGAAAAGACUUCGAGACAAAUCAAUGGCAAACACAAGCAUUUUCAUCUGGGAGGUUUUCCGUGGCAAAGAAAAUAAGAGUUCCAAUGGACAGCAAAAUAUCUCAACUUUAGAGAACUUAAAACCAACUAACACCAACCUAAUAAAUUUGGAAGACUUUAACAGUGACGGCCUUUUCCCCUACCUCAUCAACGAACCAGACAAAUGCCAAAAGAAUCAGGCAGCACCAUUUCUGGUGUUUCUAAUUACCACAGAGGCUUUGCAGGUGAAAGCAAGGGAAGCAAUACGACAGACCUGGGCAAAUGAGAAUGUGGUACCAGCGGUGGCAGUUGUUCGGCUGUUCCUGCUUGGAAAAUCCAAGGAUAAGCUGGGAAGUAAAAAGCAAAUGAUCCUCUUGGAAGAGAGUCAAAGACAUCACGAUAUCAUCCAGCAGGACUUCCUGGAUUCCUACUACAACCUGACCCUGAAGACCAUGAUGGGACUACACUGGGUGGCACGCUACUGCUCGAAGGCCAGCUACGUCAUGAAGACAGACAGUGACAUGUAUGUCAGCACAAACACGCUCAUUCGCAAGCUGCUCAAACCAGAGCUAAAGCCCAGGAAGAACUACUUCACGGGACGUAUCAUAAGAAAUGAGACACCCAUUCAAGACAAAAAUAACAAGGCGUAUAUUCCCAAAGAAGAGUACUCAAAAGCGACGUUUCCCGCCUUCUGCUCAGGUACUGGUUACGUGCUCUCCGGAGAUUUGGCCCUCAAAAUUUACACAGUAUCUCUGACUAUGCGCCGAGUGCACCUGGAGGACGUGAACGUGGGACUAAGCCUGGCCAAACUUGGGUUGAAGCCCAUCGACCCACCACAUGACUUGGUGUUUUACCACUGGCGGAUAGACUAUGCAGUAUGCAAGUAUAAACACCUGAUUACAUCCCAUGGCUUUAAACCUGAAGAAAUAAUCAAAUACUGGAGGCUCCAGCAAAACGACACUACAAAAUGUUAAUAAAAUAUACUGGACUGUCUCAGAAAAUUAGAAUACACAAUAUUCUAAUUUUCUGAGACAGUCCUGUACAUUAAUCCACCAUUUAAAGCAGGGGUGUCCAAACUUUUUGCAAAGGGGACCAGAUUUGGCGUGGUAAAAAUGUGGGGGGCCGACCUUGGCUGACGUCCUUUACAUAGAACAAUAUACAGGACUGUCUCAGAAAAUUAGAAUAUUGUGUAUUCUAAUUUUCUGAGACAGUCCAGUAAUCUUAUUAGGAUGUGAUCGGAAAUCGGUCCUAACACGCCAUUUUUCAGCGGAUUGGAAUCGGUUAAAAAGGUUAGGGUAAUUAAGUUUUGUUUUUUUUAAAUAUAUAUAUUUUUAUAAGGACUAAAAAGUAAAAAAAAAAAUUCUGAAAUACAAUGGCUGCCAAAAGGAAAAAAAAAACAACAAAGGUAAUUUCUGGACUAUUGGGAACCCUUGAUUACAAGCCUCACCCAGUACAUUUUGAAAGGAAAAACCAUUUUGUACAUACAUAAGCCUCUCAUGUCUAUGAGCCGCGUGUGCCCACAUAGUACCAUGAGAUAUUUACAAAGGAAUACAGUUUUCUCUGAAUUUUAAAAACAUACCUUAACUUUUCUUCCCAAACAGCGCCAGCAACACGGCACUUACAAAGCAGCAACACGGAGUACAGCACUAACAGUAAGGAAGUUCCCAAAAAAUCGAUUAUUACAUGAAUCGCGAUUCAUUUAAUGUGACGAUUUGAUUACGAUUCAUAAAGGUUCAAAAACGAUGAUUUUCCCUCAUAACUUUAUGACAGCCGCUCGUAGCGGAACGAAAUUCAAGACACAUUUGCCGCCCGGACACCUAUAACGGAUGCAUGCCCGACGUUGUGAUGGAUGCUGCCGGUUACUGAGCGAGAGAUUUACUCCUUUUCAAAAGACUGGAAAAUAAAUUUGUGUAUGAGACAGGCAGGUAUGAGACAGGCGGUCGCGCUUCUGUGCGCGAGUUAUUUUUUAGAGCGAGAGGGGAAGAGAGAGAGCUCAUUGCUCCUUGUUUUUCAGUUGCACAGCAGUAGUUUCAAGUCAUGUCAAUUGAAAAAUGUCCUGAGUGUGUUGCCAAGACCCGUGUGUGUCUAUGAGUGGUGAGUACACAAGCCCUCUUGUACUGUUAAGCCUUUAUUGUUGUGUUGUUGUUUUUGAGAUGUUAAUAGUUAGCGCUAAGCUAAUUAGCCAAUUCGCUAACGUGCAUUCUAUAUGCUGAACACGUAAAACAAUGAUUAAGUACAGCAGUAACACUAUAAACAUGCGAAAUAGUACAGAAAUCUGUGAAAACAAAGUAUAUUAGAAAAAAAAAAGUCUUAUUUCUAAAGACACUUUGUUUCCAGAAAAUGUGGAAUUCAUUCCACCUGUGUAAAUGUUAUUGUAUUGUUGAGAGAAAUAAGUACGCUCUUUAAAAUGGUUAAUGUUUUUGCACUUUCUUGUAAAAGUAAACAAAUAAAAAAAGCAGCUUAAGGGCAGCUUUUUGUUGUAUGGGCAUGUUUCCAUCGUUCCUGUUGAAUCAUUAAGAUAUUUUAAUUAAAUAAUGGACAUAAUUUUGUUUGCCUACUUUAUUAAUUAGCAAUGUACGAUGCAUUGAUAAUUGUGAUAACUGUGAUCAUCGUCAAUACCGUGAUCAUCGUUCAAUAAUCAAAUUGUAGCACCCUGAAUCAUAAUCGAAUCGAAUCAUGGGGUGUCUAAGAUGGCACACCCCUAACUAAGAGGGCUGCUUAUUAGAUUACUAAAGUGUUUGUUAGCAAUCUUCAUCCUGUGCACUGAAACCAUGGAAGUCUUCCCCCUUAGUGUCGCAUAUGAAUAGGCUGAGAUACACUUCGCCACGCACUUUCUCUCUUUUGUUGUCGCUUUCAAUGUCUUUCAUAAUGAGGAUAAUUCACUCCUGAGCUUGUGCCGUCCUCUUCGUCACGCACCAGACUGGCUUUUUGAAACCUGUUCGUGAUGGUGGAUUUUUUUCACACUGCUCCAGGAUGCACUGGCAGACAUGUGCAAAACUUGCUCUUCUCAUACGGCUAGUUUUGGCAAACAUCUCUCGCCGCUGAUCAUCCAAGCCUUCCAUUCAACUCUGAGUGUCUCUUUAAUUGCACGAUUCACACUUAUGUCAAGUUGCAAGUGCAUUUCAUCUGGCAUUUUCCAUAAUGCGGGUCUACUAAUUUUACUCAUGCACAAAGAUGAGGGUCUGCUACUUUUAUUCAUGCACAAAGCACAAAUUUAAUUUCCGGUAAUAGUGCAAACUAGCCUCUUCCUCGACACAUAUAUUCCACGUGUCUAACUCUUACAUUUUAUGCUUGAGCGCCCCUGGCGGUGCUUAGAAAAAUCGGCCGCAUCAUUGCACACACUGCAGGAUUAAAAAUGAGGGGAAAAAGUAGCUGCUUGUAGUCCGGAAAUUACGGUAUACGUUUCAUAUUCCGCAACACUCCCAGAAAAAGCGGAAUAGGAAUUACCGUACUGUAAACAGUACAGUACUGAAACAUGUUUGGAAUUUUUUUUCUCCCCCCGAACAAAGAGACCUUUUUUUCUCGGUAUCGGAUCGGUAGAUUCUCAAAAUCAGGUGACUCAGACUCGGGUGAAAAAUAUGCGUUAGGGAAAUCCUUAAAAUCUUAUCAAUUAAUAAAAGAAAAAAAUCGGUCAUAUCUCCUUUUACUUAGAUACCAAUGGGCUAAUAAAAAAUGAGUUGCAUGCCAAGAAUUCAAUUGCCAUUGAAAUAGCACAUUACUUGUGUCAGUAUUUUGGAUUUUUUUUUUUUUUUUUUAGACUGUUCCGUUAGUUAGAUUGGAAGAUCUUUGUUCUUACCGUUACUGACUUAAGCGUCAUUCCAUGGUAGGUACCCAUGGUAUCGAUCUUGAAACCUUCCGUUUCUACAACAACAACAACAACAACAAAAAAAUUGUUUCCUUAAUUCUUUCCAAUUUUCGGACAAGUCUGCAAUCACGAUAUGACUAGUUCGUGCGCACGCACACAUUCAAUUGAAACAAGUUCACAAUUCCAAUCAGUACAAUGAGCACAAGUCCACACUCACCCUCUUUUCCUUUGAAUCUCUCCUGAUCGUAUCUGUUAUAGGCCGCAGGCACUGGCUGCUUGUUCCUUAGCGAAGGGUCCUGGUAAAUAAAUAUCAGAGACUGUUAGUUUUAUACGAUAAUAUCAAAGGGAACCUAUCAUUGGAUUUUAGCUGCCUCAUUCUAAAAAUGUGGUUGCAUGCAAACCUUAAAGAUUUUGGCCCAAAAGUCAAAACUAUUAUCAGGAUGAUAUGUAUAUAUAAAAAAAAAAAUUCUUACCACUUGAGUUGUGUUCUGUGCUGGUCUUUGCUCAGGGGCUCGCCCUUCUUCUCUGGCUUUCACCGACUGAAGGAUGGCAAAGAUGUUCUUGGAGAAGUUCUACAAGAGGAACAAACUUAUUAUUUGGUCACAGGAAAUUUUCACAUAUUUCCAUUUUAUAAAUUUACAUAUUUGUAGAUUUUUUGUGGUAAACCAUUCUUAAUUAGCUGAAAAACUCAUGUAUUCACUGCGUUUUGCACUCAGGCCAAACCCAUGUCUAAUUUCAAAGUAAAGCUUUCAUGCCAUCUUGUCCAACUAUACCAAAGUGAGUGAAGCAGUUGCAUUUAGGUAGCCACUUUUUAGUGGUGCUUUGUGGUUAUCUUGUGGCAUUUACAGACAAUUAAACAUUUUUAAUAAUCCAAAUAAUAAUGAAGCGGCUUCCAACAAUGACAUGCAAUAGGUCCAGUGAUCUUCAAGAAACCUUUAACACCAGUAAUCAAAUUAUGUACAGUAAUUUGUUUCCCUCUACAAAUUUAUGAAUUUAUUAUUUUUUUUCUUGUUAAAGGCCACACAGAACAUUAUUUGGACGACAGAGUAAGAAUGCUUGAAAAAUAAGAUGAAAUGGAUUUGAUACAAUUAGUUUAGGAUUGACUUGGACCUUUCCUGUGCUCUGAAGAAUGGUUGUCCUUGUCCUCCAGACCCGUUCUCUGCUGACAAUGUCUCGAGUGACAUCUACUUCAGCGUCCACAAAGCUUCUCUGUUUCACAGUUAUGUCAUCGUCCAAAUCAGUUUUGAUGGUGGACCGCUUCUUGGCCAUAAUCUUGGCUUUAAUGGCUGCAAUCUUCUCCACUGACAUGGCCUCAGACAGCGAUCUGCGAAACGGGAAACAAAGGUUGGGGGAGCCUGUAAUUGUUUAGCCCCCCAAAAAAACAACGAGUACAUUUUGUACACAGUACCUGAUCUGGUCAGUCUGUACGAUACCCUCUUUGUGGCCCUCCAAACGAGCAGCCAAACGCUCCUUGUCCAAACGCACUCGUUCCUCAUCCUACAGGUGAAUGCAAGGUAACAAAAAAUAAUUUUUAAAAAUGUUCUGUGAUACGGGUAUGAUUACACCACCAAAAAUGAUCAUUAUGACCUUUGUUACAUAUAACAUUUUUGAACAAAUGAUAAGUGACAAUUACUGCAAAAAAACCAAAUUGAGGUCAGGACACUGCUAUAUGACCAUAAAUUUGUUCAUGCUCACUUCUCCCUUAGAGACCCCAUUCACAUGACGUCACAACCACGCCUCCGCGCCAUAUUGUCCGUCAGCUCGUCGUGUUUACGCAUUACCGCUACGUAAAUUCCUCCUAUUAUGGCGUGUUUUUCUGCUCGUUAACAAUAAUCAAAAUGGUGAAAGCGUGUGUGGCGGUUGGUUGCAGUAACAGAGAAGAUAGACGGAGAGACUUGAAGUUCUACUGUAUUCCGAGAGACCCGGAGAGGAGCGCGAGAUCGACUGCUGCAAUUCCACGAGAAAACUGGGCACCAAACGAUCACCACAGACUAUGUAGUAGUCAUUUUAUACCUGGUAAGAUGCAUUUAAUAUAUAUUUAGAGGGUUUUGGGCUGACAACCACAAUUAAGAUCAUUGCGAGGCUAAUCGCCGACAACAUACAGUUUCAAAUUCAAGAUGUUUAUUUCUUCCGCCAUCGUUAUUUUUUGAAUAAUAUUUAGCUGGUACCAAGUGAAAGAAGCUGGCCUCGUCUACGGAUCAUCAGUUAAACAGGGGUGUCCAAAGUUUUUGCAAAAGGGGCCAGAUUUGGUGUGGUAAAAAUGUGGGGGGCUACCUUGGCUGAUUUACGUUGAACAAUAUAUUUCAACAAUUUUUAGCAAGCCCUUCUGUGUGUCACAUUUGCUUUAU